AUGAGCUCCAAAGAAGGACGCCCAGACGAAGAGCUGCAAAGGCCGAUGAAAGAGCUCUUUGCUUCUCUCGGUCAAACUCGUGAGAACGUGCCUGUAAUCUCGACUUCGGAUGUAGAUUUCUCUUCAGAGGUCAACGACUUGUGGGGCAAGGCAGAACCUGCACUAGAUUUCAGUGAUGAUUUUCCACCUUCUCCAUGGGACGAGGUAGAUUCCAAGCUAGAACAACAGCAAUCUGUUCAGGAUACAUUGGCCGUUGACCGAGCCUCCACAAGUGCUGCAGAGGAUGAAGAUGAAGACGAGCAGUUUGAGGACGCAUACGGAGAUUCGAUAAUACAGGAUAUACAAGAUACAGACGCCACAAACGUCCCUGCAUCCGCUCAAAGUCAGCAGGUUUCUGGUAUAUGUCUAGUUGAGACCCCGACCGUUACUAGCACCACAACAACUUUGUCAAACAGCACCACACUAGUAUCAAGCAGCCAAGACGCAACACCUAGCCGAUCGGAAUCUGUAUCAAACAGUGAAUCAGCUGCUUCUUCAUCUCAGAUCAGCAUUCAAUUGCCACUCUCAAAAUCGCAAAAGAUAUCUUCCAUUCAGAACUUUAUGAGAGAAGACCAAAAGGUGGCGUAUGUGUGUCUGUGCCUUUUGUCGUUGACAGAGCUCCGAAAAUCAAAGCUCAUGGCGUUUCGGAAAGCUGGAAGAGAGGCGUAUGAUAAAUGGCAGUCAGAGUUUAUGGAGAGGCUGUUCCUCUACUUGGACGUUCCAGAGAAAGAACGGACCAUGUAUGAACAACUCGCAGAGCAUGGCUUACAGGCAGUCGAUGUGUCAAAACCAUUGAUAGAUGAUGCCCAGGCAACAGCAGAAAGCAUGGCCCUAAAAGAACAACAAAAACAAACCGACGAGCAGUCUGCUCUUGAUCGGCAAUUACCGCUACCAGACCCGCAACCGACAAUUGACAAGCCUGCAGAUGUGCGAUAUACCAUAUUAUCACACCUAUUCAUUCUGAGUAUAUCUGACGGCAUAUAUGACGCCCGCGCAAGGAGCCUGUUAAAGACUGUGGCAAACCAUUUACAGGUUACGCUGUUGGAUUUGGUAAAACUAGAGACGUCUUUUGCUACACAGUUACGUAUAUAUGAGGACACAUCGCAUGUGAAGGAGUCAAAGGAGACUGUUGAUGACAGGAAUAAGAAGGAGGCACGAUCUAGAUGGUUGGCUGCUGGUAUCGCUACUGUAGCUGGUGGUGCUCUUAUUGGGUUAACCGCAGGGCUAGCGGCACCGUUGAUCACUGCUUCAUUAGCCGGAACCGGAGUCAGUGCGUUCAUGGCUAGUACGAGUGGCCUUGCCUUCAUAACCAGCAGCGGUGUAUUGGCUGGAGGCGGCAUGAGUGGUUGGAAGAUGCUGAAAAGAACGAGAGGCAUUUCCCAAUUCGAAUUUAUAUCCAUUGAAGACGGUGUAAGACAGUAUAUUAUAGAACGAGAGGACAGACGUGCUGCGAGAGCAGUGGCACGUUCAAAACGUGUGAAACAGAAACGAAAGUCUAUACGGCCGUCAAGUGAUAGAAAAGCUCAGCCGUCAAAUGUUGAAGUCGUUUUUGAUGCUGAUGAAGCAGUCGAUGAAGAGGAAGAGAAAUCUUCGUCUAGUAAGAUGACGGGCAGUAACCGCCGUUACUCGAAUGUGACGACGUCAACUCGUCGAUAUUCGAAUGCACAAUCUUCGUCAUCACGAAUUAUUACACUACCAGAUAUAGUCGCAUCACCGAUAAUCGAAGCACCGCUAAUUGAACUCGAAGAACCGAUACCAGAUAAUACGUUUGUCGCUCCUGAUGACGACGAACUCCACGAUAUACCACUGGCAACAGUUUCGACACAUCGCUCGUCCAUGGACUCUGAUAAUGAUUCAUACGAGACUGCUUCUCAAUCUUCAUCAAAGCCGGCUCCAUCUGAAAAGGGUACAUUCGUUGCAUCAGUAUCGAAAACAUUAUCUUCAUUACAGCGGCAAGCAUCGUCUACUUCUAUAAGUGGAGAAGCAUUGCUUUCAAUUGAGGACAAGGAAGGUGAUAUGCUGUUUCGGGCUCCUACACGUGAAGACCGCGUGAAGCAAGCAAAUGUGCUUAUCUCGGUCGUUGGCUAUAUUGCGUAUGGGUCCGAGGACCACGUUUUGCCAUACUCGGUCUUGGAACCAUCACAUUAUGGUGAUCAUUACGCACUGAUAUGGGAAACUAAAAUUUUACAGGAACUUGGAGCAUCUUUAACUCUGCUGGCUUCAGAGGUUGCUUCGUUUUUAAUCAGUCAAGGAUUGCAAUUCACGAUACUUCCUGGUUUAAUGAUGGCAUUGACUGGACCUCUUUGGGUUAUGAAGUUGACAUACUUGUUGGACAACCCAUGGGGAAUGGCAAUGUCCAAAGCUUCUAAAGCUGGAAAGGUCUUGGCUGACACUUUGAUAUUGCAAGUCCAAGAGAAUCGGCCAGUCACCUUGAUCGGUUUCUCACUGGGAGCUCAUUUGAUUUACUCGUGUUUAACCGAGUUGGCGUCGCGUGGCGUUUAUGGAGUUGUUGAGGAUGUAUACAUUCUUGGAGCACCAAUACUGGCCAACAACAGCGAAUGGGAGCAUGUGGCUAGUGUUGUGGCUGGUAAAAUUGUCAAUGGUUAUCUAACCAAGGAUAUGGUGUUAGGGGUAUUAUACAGAGCCUUAGCUGUGUACAAGGACGUCGCUGGUCUCUCUCCGAUACAAGGAGUCGCCGGAAUAGAAAACUUUUGUCUAGACGAUGUUAUUGAUGGACAUCUCGCAUAUCGAUCAAACCUGCCCAAAAUACUAAAGCAUAUUGGCUUCAACAUUACACGAGAGACAUUCGAUGACGAAGAUGAAGAAGACAAACGAGAAAAGGAGAUGCAUCUAGCUGAGAUCGAGGCUCUCAAACAGGAACAGUUGAGAGCUCGUGAAGCUGAUUUGCAAAAAAGGGAGGAGUUGAAACAGUUGAAGAAGGAGCAAGCUGAACAGAAACGGAAGGAGAAGGCUGAGAUUGCAUUGAUCUUGAAAAAGCAGCGUGCAUUUCAAGCUGAAGAAGCAAAGAUUGAUAAGGAGGAGGCACGAAAAGUUAGGGAAGCAGAAGCCAAGAAAUUGGCUGAGGCUAAAGCUUCCGCCAAGAUAGCAGAAGAAGCUGCCAGAGUAGCAGAAGAAGCUCGGAUUGCUGCCAAAUUAAAAAGUAUCGUGUCUGCCGAUGGUGUCGUGAGUCCCCAACUAGCUGUAUUAGAUGUAGAACCCGUCGAACCACCACAAGCACUCACAACUCCUGUAAUAAAACCUCGAUUCUCCGUCCUGAACAUGAUUGGUAAACCUGGUAGUGAUGCCAGUACUACUUCUGGAGGUAUCAAAUCCGAAGUAAACCCACAGACCGACAUCGCAACAGUAGAAAGCCCAACCAUCGACAGCUCUGUCAUACCGUCUCAGUCUGAUAGUAUACAAACAGUGAAACCCAGAUUUUCAAUACUCAAUAUGGCAUCCUUUAUUCGACGACCAACUGGCAGUCGAAGCAGUAGCGCCGAGGAGGCUGAAUCACCUGGUCGUAAUCAAUCUUUGGCGACACCACCGCCGUCACCGCCAAAUACAUCUACAUCAAUCGAUACCAGUAGUAGUGAUAGGAACGAAGCAGUGAACAGCAUUGCUACAAUAACACCACCACUCCGCGCUGUCACUAUGCAUGAAAUGCCGGAUACGAGCAGACCAGUCACUCAAACUGCAUUCAACGAAUCGGCUUCCGUGAACGUGGGUGAUGAUUUGAAGGAUGUAGUCUCGGACGCUGAUGAUGCUAUCAGUAAAGCUCUCGCGGAUCCUACUAUUAGUGGUAGUAUUGAGAGUGUCGAGAAGACCAACACCAGUACCAGUAACAAGCAGGACAUUAGCUUAAAACUAGGCAAUCUCAUGGCACGAUGGUCUGAUGCCAAACCAAACAAUAGUCUCAUCAUAGAUCUAAACGAGCCAAAAACAAUACCCGCAGCAACGGUACCAAUGGUGCAGAUCGAUACCGCAUCUUUGACACAACAUAUUCCUAGAAUAGGAGAACACAGCGCAUCAUCCAGCCAUCUCGAUUUAACGGACGUUGAAGAAUUACUGCAUGUAGCAAGUCCUGCAAUGGUCAAGCCGCCUAGUAUAUUUAUGCCCAGCAGUCCAAGAAUGGAGGAUGCUGCAUCACCUACCAUUGAAGUACAAGAAGAAGACGAUGGAAGUGCAUCAGUUUUGUAUAGUAUUCCACUCGAUGAGGAUUUGAAUCCGUGGAAUUGA